AAAUUCUACGUCACGAACACAGAUUUCUUCAUGCGUCUUCAUCGGGUCCGUUAAUAUCGGGGAGAUUUUAAAACAAACGAGGUCCUAUUGGAAGUGACUCUGCAGCAGCAGCAGCAGCAGUUGUUGAUGAUGCAGAGUUCACCCCCCUAGUCUCUGGAAGUCGCUUUGGAGAAAAAGCCUCCACUGAACGACUCAUUAAUAAAUAAUAGGAUUCGCGAAACACAUGCGUGUGUAAAACGACCAGCAACGACGGUAAAGAAUGUCUCCCAGCGGCUUUGCAAAAUUAUUCACGGUUUUCCUGUUGUCUUUUGGAGUAAAAGGCACGGGUCUUGCCUUGGUCACACUGGAGCCAGGAGACCCGAUUCGGGUGGCGCUGUCAGGAGAGACCGUGGAUCUGACCUGUAAAAUCCACAUCCCUGCCAACUCCACCGGCGGGAAAGCGGGAGUUAACCGGGUCGCGGCGGGAGGAGAAAGUUUAAUCGGUAGAGAGACCGAGUAUCCGACGCAGGCGGAUCCCAAGACCGAAACGUUGCAGGUUCAUUUCAUCGCACACAACGCGUCAUUCACCGGAAGCUACCUGUGUCGUUAUAACAGCAACGAGGGGCGGGUCCAGUCAUCGUGUUACCUGCUCGUCAGAGAUGUGGGGUACAGGGAGCCCUCGUCCUUCAUUGUGGAUAUCAUCACUCUGUCGAUUCUCAGCGCCAUCUUCCUCGUCUUCAGUGUGACUGGAACUGGGGUGCUGCUGUGGAAGAGGAGGGUCUGCGCCUGUUCUGGGACUGAAGAGAGAGACACAGAGACAGAGAGAGACACAGAGACAGAGAGAGACACAGAGACAGCGAGAGACACAGAGACAGAGAGAGACACAGAGACAGCGAGAGACACAGAGAGAGACUCAGAGAGAGACAAAGAGAGAGUCAAUGCUGAGAAGCAGACAGUGAAGGAACCAUCCAUCUACACUGCUCUGGAGCCUCGCAACCCUUCUCUCUACACCACUCUGGAGCCGAAGCCAAAGAACGAGAAGAAUGUUAAAAAGAGAAAAGGAGGAGAAGAGAAGAAGAAGAAGAAAGGGAAGGCGCAGCCGAAUCAACCACAGACCGCCGCGGCCGACGAGGGCAUCUUUGAAUCCGUCUACGAGAAUCUGUGAUACCGUCGCGUCAGUUCGCCCCCUAGCGGACGGGAGAGUGUAUAACAAUUUUCAACAAUGUUUUAGCAAAUAGACCUUUUUGAAUUUUUUUAUUUGUUAUUUUUUAAAUACUACUUCUGAAUGCAUUGAUUAUUAUUAUUAUUAUUAUUAUUAUUAUUAUUAUUAUUAUUAUUAUUACCUGUUCGGUCUUCUAUCAGGAAAUGUAUCGCUUAUUCAGGGCUGGGAAUCAGACUCCCGCUGCACAGCAGUGUGAUCCAGUCCUGGUUUCACUGGGAGUUUAAUAAUCAGACACACCUGAGCUUGUUAGCUAGACACACUGGGGGCUGAUCAAGCUGGUAGCAGUAAAACCUGGACUGGAUCACACUGCUGUGGGACGGGAGUAAUACAAUAUAUAUAUAUCUGUAAAAAUAUAUACUGUAAUAAACUUUUAUAAAAUAAAAGUCUUUAAACAA